AUGGACACAGACCACUAUCAACCGGAGGAAAGUUUUAUCGAGCUCGUUCAACGGAGUUCGUACUGGUUGCGAACGAUGGCCACUACGAUGGGUAUAUGGCCUGGCCAGUACGUUUCGAUGAGCCUGCGGUGGUACAGACGGUUGUACUACUUUAUGCUACUGAUGCAUUGGCUCAAUACCUACCUGCAGACGGAGUUCUUCUUCCGGAAUUUGGGCAAUUUGAGCUUGGUUGUGCAGGGUCUCUGUAGCUUUGUCAGCAUCUCCACAACCGGCAUUAAGGUGAUGCGUAUGCAUGCCUAUGAAGACGAGAUUGGGCAGCUUUGGCAAACACUGGAAGAUGCCACCUUUCUCAAGAAGAUACGAUUUCUGCGCAAAACCGACAGGGGAUCCGUUUUUGCCCGCAUCCACAAGCUUCUGUUGGGACAGUGGAAGGAAGUGCAGCUGAACUUACGCUUCUACACACUGGUGGUUGGGCUGGUGGCUUCCAAUUAUUCGAUCAUACCUGCCUGCAGCAAUCUGUACAAUCAGUUCCAGGGCAAUGCGUACAACAGGAGCUUCGUUUACAACACGUAUUACCCGUUUCUGGAGCCAAUCAAACGUCACACUCCACUGUUUGAGCUGCUGUUCUGCUCGGAAUCCCUGUCCGGGUUCACGACCUGGGCCGGGGUAGUUGCGUUCGAUGGGCUGUACGUCGUGAUGGUGCUGUACGCAGCGUCGCUAAUGCGUCUGUUGAGGGAUUUGAUGCAGGAAACGGCGAACCCGAACCUCACCGACGCGGAAAGAGCUUUCUUUCAACGCGAAUGCAUACGCCACCACAUACGAACGAUGCAGUUGAUUGAGCGGAUUAACGAAAUAUUUUCCCCGGUACUGCUGGUGCAACUGUUCACCAGCACCUCGAUCAUCUGUGUUAUUGCGUUUGCGGCCAGUAUGCAUGCGGACGAGGGCGAUUCACAAACGAUGCUGAUGGUACUCUACCUGAUAGCGGCUAUCUACCAGCUGUUCCAGUUCUGCUGGUACGGCCAGCGGCUCCAGAACGAGAGCAUCGAGCUACCUUUAUCGGUGUAUGACGUACAGUGGGAACUUUGCGAUGGCCGUUUCAAGAGCUCGCACCGUAUCCUGCUGCUGUACAGCCAGCGGCAGAUAGACAUGCGCGCCUGGAGCUUUUCCGCGAUGUCGCUCGAAACAUUCUCCACGAUUAUCCGAAGUGCCGCAUCCUACUUCACCGUACUGCAGACGUUGGCUGAGGAGUAG